AGAGAAAUGUCUUGUUAUGGAUGUAGUCAUAAGUGUGUUCCGUUGUGUUCCGUUUUUACAAUAGGGCCUUUAACUAUAAGUAUUCAAGGUCCAAUAUCCUGUGUUAAAGCUGUAUAUGAAAAUGAAAGUCUAUCACUGAGUCAGGGAGUUAGCUUACUAUAGUUUACUUGCUUACCUUGGCAAUGAAAGAGAAUUGGACAAUAUGAACGAAUCACUAUAUAUUACCAGAAUUAACUCAAUAAACAUGUACGCUAAGUUGAUCAUCGCUCUUUGUGCCAUUGGUGUUGCUCACGACAGUGGACUUCUCGCCGCCGCCCCGGUAGCAUACAGCAGCCAUGCUGUCGCACCCGCCGUCUCCUCAGUAUCUUACUCGACCCACACGGCGCACUCUGCUCCAGCAGUAGCCGUAUCUCCGACUAUUGCCCCAGCAGCGACUUCUUACUCUAGCCACACUGCUCAUGCCGCUCCUGUCGCCGCCUCCGCCGCUGCUCCUGCAGUUGCCGUACACGCCGCCCCCGCUGUAGCCGUAUCUCGGACUAUUGCCCCAGCAGCGACCUCAUACUCCUCUUACUCAAGCCACACCGCUCAUGGUUCUCCUGUUGCUGCCUACGCUGCUGCUCCCGUUGUCGCCACUUACGCCGCUGCCGCGCCCGCCGUAGCCGUACACGCCGCACCUGCCGUCGCUGUAUCUAGGACUAUUGCUCCUGCUGCGACCUCAUACUCCUCUUACUCCAGCCAAACUUCCCACGGAGCACCCGCAGUAGCUGCGUACGCUGCCGCUCCAGCUGUUUCCUACGCGCGGUCAUACGCUGCUCCCGCUAUCUCGGCCUAUGCUGCUCCCGCCGUAGCCUCUUACUCCCGGUCCUACGCCGUCCCCGCCAUAGCCUCUUACUCCCGGACCUACGCCGCCCCGGCUGUAGCGUCUUACUCCCGGAUUCAAGGUGCUCCUGCUGUUGCGGCAUACGCUGCUCCUGCAUACUCCACUUACGCAGCUGCCGCCCCCGUCCUUCGUUCC